AUGAUAAUUGUUCAAUUCGAGUCGUGCCAGGAACUUUCGCCUUUAGAAAACCAGAAACCUCUCGAACUUAUUCUUAGUAUGGGACUCUUGCAAAUGGGUCCGUGGGCUAUGUUGCUCCUAGGUGGUAAGGCGUUCAGCUUCCGAAGUAUCAUGCUCAUAAGCUGCAUUUUUCAAGCUAUUCGCUCAAUUGCAUUAAAGCUUUCAGUCUAUCACGAAUCACAGGUAUUGGAAAACUUCGCCUUCAGUCUCAGUUACUACUAUGUCUGUUUGAUAGUUAUCUCAUGUAUCUUUGUCUUCUUGUCAAGCGGACUAGAGGCAUGGAAGGUUAUCAUUGCAUGUGCUUGGCCUGUUCUCUUGGCUUUGUUUCUGAGUGUGAAGAGCCUUAGUGUUUUCGGAAUGAUGUCCGCAGAAAGAGGCUCAGAUAUUACAAGUGCUUCUUCGCUUUUGAUGAUUUUGUUCAUUUACCGGUACUUUCCACGUACUAUCAAAUUUGACAAUGAGGUGAUUCACACUAAAGCUUGGCCGGAUUGGGCAGUUGUUGUUGCUCCUCCAGUGGUUAGCACCGUAUGGCUUCAUUUGAUUAGAGGCUUCGAUUCAGAAUCCACCUCUUGUCUCCUGAGUUUGACUUUGAUAUCGGUGCUUGUGUUGGUUGGACUGGCAGCUAUGGCAGUUGCAGUCUCCCGCAGAAUAGAUGCCAUCAGGGCAGAAUUGUCUAAAGAGGAUGACGAUUAG